CCUCUAUCCAUCUCUGUGGUCACCGUCAGAGCAACAUCCGCCCUACGUUACCUGACUAUUGUGCACCCUCUGCUGGUGUGGACUGGAGUCGCAUUCAUAAUUGGUACUAGCAGCAGACAACCAAGCAGCUGCCAACGCCCGGCGAAGUAAAUACCUGAUGCAGUGAGGAAAAGACAUAAGCAGAGAAUUCCAAUAUGCAGACAAUUAAAUGUGUUGUGGUUGGAGAUGGAGCAGUGGGAAAAACCUGUCUUUUGAUUUCAUACACAACCAACAAAUUCCCCUCUGAAUAUGUACCAACAGUGUUUGACAACUAUGCAGUAACUGUCAUGAUUGGAGGUGAACCGUAUACCCUGGGAUUGUUUGAUACUGCAGGUCAGGAGGAUUACGACAGGUUACGUCCUUUGAGCUAUCCCCAGACAGAUGUUUUUCUAGUCUGCUUCUCUAGUGUUUCGCCCUCUUCAUUUGAGAAUGUUAAAGAAAAGUGGGUACCUGAAAUCACUCACCACUGUCCCAAGACACCAUUCCUGCUGGUUGGAACUCAGAUUGAUCUGAGGGAUGACCCUUCCACAGUAGAGAAGCUGGCCAAGAACAAACAGAAGCCCAUCACCCCUGAGACAGCUGAGAAGCUAGCCCGUGACCUUAAGGCAGUCAAAUAUGUUGAGUGUUCUGCCCUGACACAGAAAGGACUAAAGAAUGUCUUUGAUGAGGCAAUACUGGCUGCCCUGGAGCCUCCGGAACCCAAGAAGAGGCCCAAAUGUUUGCUGCUCUGAAUAGUUCCCCUCGUCUGUUGGUUGGACAAUUUCAACCACACUACUUGGAAAAAAGCAAACCAUUGUUGCACAAGAGUACUUUACUCCUAUUGGUAACUGAUGCAAAUACUUCUCAAAUGUUUGCAAAUUUAGUGUGUGAACUUUAUUGAAGUAGAUAAUAGUAUACUUAGUGUCAUUCCUUGAGCCAUCUCAGUAUUUAUAAGUUAAACAGAUUGGUUGCGUCAUAGUGUUGUCAGAGUGUGAGAUGGUUGCAGACAAACAGCUUAUGAUAGGGAUCAGUGACAGCAGAACAAAUCCCAUUAGCUUUCUUUAGUGUUAGUCGGACAUUAUGAAGUAUUUACCUUUUUAGGCAUACAUAAUGCUGUUGAGAACACUUCAUACAAGCAUGAAUCCCCCUCAGUGAUGAUAGCUGUGUGAAGGCAGUGGUAACAAAUAUAUUUAGACCUUUGAUAUCCACUUAAAAUAUUCAGUGGUUAUCAAAGGUCAGCACACCCUUAUUGAAAUUGUAAUUAUAUUCCACUUUUCUUUGCCAAAGAUUUGUAGUCAAAUUGCACAGCCCUCUUUUAGGUCAGUCCACAGUUUGUCUAUAGGAUUGAGGCUCUGACUUGGCAUUGUCAGGACAUUGAUUUUCCGUUUUGGAAAAUCUUAUGAAUGGUCAUAUUGAAGUUAUAAGUUUGGCAUGGUUUAUCUUGAUUCCAGCAUUUUGAAUUUAAGAUUUAUUUUCAGUAAGGGUUUGUUGACUUUUGACCUCUUGUACAUGGUAUGGACAAUAGAUUAACAAUAUCCUAUUUCAAGACACUUGUGCGGAAUGGUCAGUCAGACAAAUCUGUCAAACUUGGCCAAUAACAAAGACAAGUUGUGAGAAUUCACACCCCAAAAAAGCUGAGGGUGCUAGUAGAUAUUGUUCGCUUUUUGCAUAGAAGCAUUUGUCUCGAAUUCAAGUCAAACAUGCUAUGCUCGCAUACUCCUCAAUUUUGUCUUGGGGGAAAAAUAGGGAGCAGACCUCAAUUCACUAGAGGAUGAUAACAAUAUGUAACAAUCUACUACCAAUUGUAGCUCAUUGAAGGAAUAUUUAAUUUUGUGAAAGAUAGUAGCUGGUUUGCUGUUCUGUAAUGCGACAGAUGCAGCUUUAUUUACAUGAUCUAACAGAUAUCCUUUAGAGCCAUAUGCCCCCCAGUAUUUUGAUUUGCGAAAAUUAAAAGAUGACAAACAGUGGGAGUGACAUAUUCAAUGAAAGGCCUACUUUGGUUGUUCUGCCAGGCGUAUAUGCGCUGAGCACAAUAGACUGGGUAUGGGUUAGGUGAAAUAAAACACUUUACCUAUAUUCAAACAACUAUCACCCCUCACCUAGGUUAGCAGUAAAGGAGCAAUAGACAUACGGAAGCCAACCCAACCCAAUCGUAAUGUGUUAUGACAUAAAUGGACCACCAUUGAGAUGUGCCUUUUGAUAGGUAAAUCAGGUGUUGAAAUACAUGAAAAUUAGACUGAAGUGCCACUUAACCUUUUGGUUUUGUAUACCAGCUUUGAACAGCUGCUGAAUGAAUUUGCCUGGCUUUGAGGAGUUGUUGGGGUUGUCACAUUCAUGAAUUCUGUAGUGUAUUUCCCCACCAAAAUAUACUAUAUAAGCCAUGAGCAAGGAGUGUUGGUCAGGCCUACAUUUCAACCUGGUGUCAGGACUGAAUGAAACAUGGUGUAACUACAUUUCUGACAGGUGAUUUUUGUGUAGUAUAUUACAUCUCUGUAAUAAUUAGGUUAAGUUAACGUUAACUACUGUUAUGCAUUACAGUACUGAGGUUAGGAAAUUAGAUUUGUACAUGCAACCAUUAGAGACAGCAUAUCUACCCAUUCACAACACCCUUGAAAACUGUGACUCUUUAACUGAAUUUGCUCAGCACUGCCCCUAGCAGCUGGUAUACAGUGUUGAAUUUACAUGCAUGUUCUCUGAGAACAGCCUGAACUAUUACGAUAGGCAGCCCAGUUUUUAGCUUUUUUUAAAUGAUUUUUACUCAUUGAUAUUUUGACCAAUCAGUUCUGAAAAAGAUCUGAUGUGAAGAGAAUGAUCAGUGAGGCUAAGGCUUCUCAGCUGUUACCUCUGAUGUACUGCUGCAAUAUUAGUUUGAAUCCAGCCCACUCUGCUCUACCAUCCUUCAUUCACCAGUGUCUCUAUCAAUAAUAAACUACCAAUUUGUGGAAAAGGUUUCAGAAUUGGCCAGUCUAUGUAAGAGCAGCCACUGAGAAAAUCAUUCAAUAUACAUUGCUAAUAAUUGUGCAAAGGACCAAAGUUAACUCAAGUAGUUGACAAAACCAUAAAGAUGUGUUUUAGUUGUGUUUUUUAGAACCUUAUUCACAAAAGAAAAAGGUUCAAGAAACAUUUUAUACAGGAUAAUACAUCUAGUAGCCUACAAUAUGUACAUUGACAUUUUAGCCCAGUUUCUAUAUUUUCAUUUUCCAUUUUGUCAUUGAAUGUUUUCAGAUCUUCAUUCAAAACCUGAUAUUAAAAAGAAAACAAAAUGUAAAAA